UUCUUUAGCUCUCUCUUACUUUACCAAUUCUUCUCACUUACUUUAUCUUCAUAUUCUACAUGCUUGUAUAUGCAAAAAUAUUUAAACAUUAAACACUUAGCACUGUCGACAUUUAUUAUUUUUUCUUCAUCAUUUACAUUUUCAAUUUAUAAAUAAGCCAACACACAUUUUUUUAAUAAAAAUUAAAAUUGUGUAAUUAGAAAUAAAAUAAAAUUAUAUAAUUAAAAAGAUAAGCUAAUUAUGGAAUUUGUGUAAUGGUUCUAGUGAAGCCUUUAGGGUAACAACAAACUAGUGGUGUUGCUCGAUCUACUCUUUGCUGAAAUCGGCCAAAUUUCUAGUCAUUGUAGUGUAAUACAGAGCUAGGAAGCCAACCAGGGACGGAGCCAGGAAAUUAUACUAGGAGGGGCAAAAAUAUUAACAUACAAAUAAAUAAAUAUAAAAAUAAUAUAUAUACAUUAAAAUAACAUAGUAUAUUAUUUUAGAGGAUGGUAAGCCUACGAGUAUGUCAGGAGAGGGGCAAGUAAAAAUGAUUUUUUUCUAAAUUAGAGGGGCAAAUUAGGUGAAUAUGUAUAUAUUUAGGUUUUAUAAUAUAUAUAUUUACAUGGUUAUAGAAAAAUGAGGUGGGGCAUUUGCCCCUUCUCACCGUAGUAUAGAUCAGUCCCUGAAGCCAACAUUAUUGGCUCGUUUCAUUUCCUUAGUCAAUAUCCCUAUAGUCAUUUUUUAUCCAUAUUAUACUUUUAUAGUAAACAACCUAACUUGGAUUAAUCUCUACCGACAAAAGGUUGCCCAAAUUCAAAAUAUUUCAAAAUUUUGAAACUAUUGUUAUAAACACGUAUGUUCAUGCAGCAGUCUAUAUAUAGUCACAAUGCAAGAGCACUAUUAUUCACUUGCAACAAAUUCCAAUCCAAAAAAAUAAAAAACAAGUACACCAUAUAUUUAAGGCAAAAAAAUGGGUGGUUUUGGAGAAGUUAAGGUAGUGUGUUUGGUGGUGGUGGCGGCUGUGACUGCGGAAAGCACCAUCUCAUGCGGGCAGGUAAUGAGGAGCGUAUCCCCUUGCCUGGCAUACCUCCGAGGAAGCGGACCAGUGGCGGCCUCUUGCUGUGAUGGCGUGAAAAACUUGAACAAGGCCGCGGCCACAACACCUGAUAGGCAGGCCGUGUGCGGCUGCAUGAAGUCUCUUGCGCCAACCGUCGGGGCCAAGGCAGACUUGAUUAAUAGCCUCAUUUCAAAAUGUGGCGUCGCCCUUCCCUACCGCUACUUCUCAUCCAUGGACUGCUCCAAGAUCCAAUGAUGGAAGUUUACAACAGAAAGUUUAUAUAUAUGCGAUAUGAAUAAGAUGAUUGUAAUUUAUAAAUUAUGAUUGUACCAUCUUUACGACCUCC